AUGCGCCUCCCAUACGCCCCCUCCACCCCGCCUGCAGACGCCGACCCCUCCACCACCGAAAUCUACGCCCGCAUCGCCGCCCGCAGACACCCCCGCCCACUCAUCCCCCUCGAUCUCUCCCUGCUACACUCCCCCCCAGUCGCCGACGGCUGGAACAGCUUCCUCGGCGCCAUCCGGACCCGCACAAUCCUCCCCGGUGCGCUCCUCGAGCUCUCCGUCUGCCGCGUAGCGGUCCUCAACAGCGCCGUGUACGAGUGGAACGCGCACGCGCCGCUUGCGCUGAAGGACGGGGUGACGGCCGACGAGCUGCGGGCGGUGCGCGAGGUCGAGGCGACGAUUACGGAUGCCGGCAAGGAGGCGCUGGGGCGGAGUGUGCUGAGUGAGGUGCAGAGGGCGGUGGUGCGGUAUACGGAUGAGAUGACGCUGCGGGUGAGGGUUGAGGAGGAGACGUUUGAGGACUUACGGAGGGCUGGGCUGAAUGAGAGGGAGAUUGUCGAGUUGACGACGGGGGUGGCGGCGUAUAACUGUGUGAGUCGGGUGUUGGUUGCGUUGGAUGUGGGGGAGAAUAACGGGAGGGAGAUGAAGAGUGUGGAGGAGUUGGUUGCUUGA